AUGGCGGCGCCCAGCGCCGGGGCGGCGGGGGGGGGCCGGGGGAGGCCGCCCGCCGUCACCCCCCAGCAGAUCCGCGACCUCAUCGAUGGUGGCAUCGCCCCCGAGGGCGUCGGCCCCGACGGGAAGGACACGUCUGACUGGUCAGAAUCGGCUAAUGGAUCUUCUCAAAUGGAUGCUCUCUCCUUGGAGUCUGCUAGCAAGGAAGCCUAUUUCAGCAGAGUAGAAACAUUCACCCCGCUGAAGUGGGCGGGCAAACCCCAUGAGCUGUCUCCUCUGGUUUGUGCCAAGUACGGCUGGACCAACGUGGAGUGUGACAUGCUGAAGUGCUCCAGCUGCCAGGCUUUCCUCUGUGUGAGCCUGCAGCUUGCGUUUGACUUCAACAAGUAUAAGGAGCGCUGCGUGGAGCUGAAGAAGGCCUUGUGCACCGCUCAUGAGAAGUUCUGCUUCUGGCCGGAUAGCCCCUGUCCAGAUCGCUUUGCCAUGUUGCUGGUGGAUGAGCCCAGAGCCCUUCUCCAGGACUUCCUGGACCGCUUUCAGAGCCUGUGUCAGCUGGAGCUGCAGCUGCCCUCUCUCAGACCAGAAGACAUGAAAAACAUGUCCCUGACGGAGGAGAAGAUCAGUCUGCUCCUCCAGCUGAUCGGGGAGGAACUGGAGCACAAAAUGGAGGGAGAGAAACCGCCGAUGAAGUUUGCCACGGAAAUCCUGCAAGUGCACGUUCCUGCCUGUAUCCUGGCUCUGUGCGGCUGGACUUGCAGCACUGCGUCUGGCUCCGUGCACCUCUCGGUGAUCACCUGCUCCCGCUGCAUGAGGAAGGUGGGACUGUGGGGCUUUCACCAGCUGGAGUCUGCAGGGCCGGAGCUGGACUCCUGCAGCCCGAGCAGCGCACCGCCGGCACCUGCCGAGCGCUUCCCGCUUGUGCCCACUUCUCCACGCAGGAUGCUUACACGGAGCCAAGACACACUGUCUCCAGGCUCCGAGCAGCACGAGAAGAGCCCGUCCCCGGCCAUCUCUCGCCUGCGGGGUUGGGACUCUCCCGUCCCCAUGGAUCGGGUUGAGUUGGAGGUGGCAAGCCCCACUUUGAGGAGCCGCCCUGUCACCCGCAGCAUGGGGCAGGGGGACAACGUGGAGGUGCCAUCCAGUCCUCUCCGCAGAGCCAAGCGGGCACGGCUCUGCUCUUCAAGCAGCUCGGACACUUCUUUGAGGAGCUUCUUUGACCCCAGCUCACAGCAUCGCGACUGGUGUCCCUGGGUCAAUGCAGUGGAGGGAGGGGAAGCCCUGGAGGAUACCACGACCCAGACGGAGAAGGAACCUGCGAAGGCAGAGCCGGGCUGGCGAGUGGUACUGAACACGCUCCUCGCCACCAGAAAGUGCGACAGAGUGCCUGAGACAGAGCCUGUGAGUCUCUCGGUGAAGUCCUGCAAGGUGUUCCGCAUUUUCCGGCAGUGGGAGAGCAUGAAUUCCUCCUGAACGGGCCGCUGCCUCUGGGAACUGCUGCCUGGCUUGCAGCGUGGGGCAUUGCGUCAGUCUGGCAGAGAUACACUUUGCAGUCGCUCCUGCAGCAGCUCUGUGCCCUGGGGAGGGGAUGCUGAGGAGGCUUCGUGCCAAACACAGCCCCCAGCGGCUGCUGGGACCCCCUCCUCCCUGACUGCCUUCCUUGAAGCCCCCUGCCUUCACAAAUUGCUGCUGUAGCCCUUGGCCCCAAGGGCUUCGACAGCCCUGUCUGGAGCUGGGACGUGCCGCAGGUGCGUGGGACGAACGAGGAGACAUGGUCACCUCGCAAGGGUGACCAUCUUGUCCAGCUGUGAUCUGCCACCAGUGGCACAGGGAAGUGAUGCCAGGUGGGAAUAAACAUUUCACUUUUG